GAUAAAAAAGGUGAAGUCUGAAUAGUAAAAACAGAAACACGAAGACAGAAAAUGUCGCCCUUCUUUAGACAGAUGGUUGCAGUGAGCGGCGUGGUGUUGUACAUGAUUGGUACGGGCGCUAACAUCGCGUACCCCGGAGUACUACUACAACAGCUCCGUCUUCCCGACUCCGCUAUGCAUCUCACACCAGAACACGAAUCCUGGAUAGCUUCAAUCCUCGGCCUGGCUCUGAUCUCGGGUAUCUUGGUGGCGCCUUUCAGCCUGCAGAAGUUGGGCCGGAAGCUGACCAACCAGCUGAGCACGUUGCCUGCUAUGGGGGGUUGGGCACUGCUGGUGGCUGCUAAGGGACCAGCUGCACUACUCGCUAGUCGAUCUUUGCAGGGUUUUGCUAUGGGUCUUCAAGCAGCAGCAGCACCAGUGACCAUCGCGGAGUACUCCUCACCGAAGUAUCGAGGAGCCUUCCUCGCGACCAUCGCCUUCUCCUUCGCCAGCGGGAUGCUGGUUGCACACAUCUUUGGCACACUCCUCUAUUGGAGGACCGCAGCAGUCGCUUGUGGAAGCUUCUACGUUGUAUCUCUCAUUCUCAUCUCUAUACCACCAGAGACUCCACCAUACUUAGCUUCUAAAGGCAAGAACAACGAAUGUCGUAAAUCAUUCAGAUGGUUCAGAGGUGACGAUGAAGAUUCAGAGAAAGAAUUGGAAGUUUUAUUAAACAGUCAGAAAAAGAAGUUAACACCGAAAGUGGCCCAGUUUACAUUCUACCGACAGAUGGUUACUAAACCGGAAUUUUAUAAGCCAACUGUCAUAAUGAUGUUCAUGUUUGUUUUAUUCCAAAUAUCUGGAAUGACUGUGGUACCGUCUUAUACUGUUCCCAUGAUGGAGGAUGUUUCUGGUGGAACUAUAGAAGCAUAUACAAGUAUGCUUAUGGUUGACGUCGUUAGAUUCAUUACAGCUGUCAUAGCUUGUGUUGUUGUCAACAAGCUGCGGAGAAGAACCGUUCUUUUCCUAGGAAUCGUGAUCAGUGUUGUCUCCCUUUUGACUGCUGCGUUGCUUCUUUAUCUAAGAGACUUGGGAUAUAUUCCAGAAGGAUAUAAAUGGACGCCCGUCGUGCCUACACUAUUUUACAUUUUUGGCAAAACCCUCGGUAUCUUACCCAUACCCUGGGCGAUCGCUGGUGAAAUCUUUCCCCUGGCGUACAGAAGUAUCGGCAGUGGUAUUUCUGGAAUGUUCCUUUCUAUUAUGUUCUUCGUCGUUGUGAAAACUGCACCGACUUCGUUCAGACAAAUAGGUAUUAACGGAACAUUUUGUGUUUAUGGAAUCUGCAUCGCUAUUUGUGGGAUUUUCUUGUACUUUUUACUGCCAGAAACAAAAGGGAAGACUUUGUAUGAGAUUGAAUGUCACUUCCGUGGGGAGAAGGAGAAAGAUGUGUGCGAGAGAGACAUGAUGUUAGAACUGCAGAAGGUAGAAGAGGGUUGAGAGAGAGAAAUGAUAAACAAGGAAAUGCUUUCCAGCUCUUGGGCUGGCCUCGUUUGCAGGAGGAGAAUUUCGGCUAAUUGUAGUUUUAAAUAGUAGAACAAGGAGUGAUAGUACACAAUGUCUGUUUUAACGUAAGAAGGUACGA